AUAAGUGCUGGAGGCUGCAGUACUAGUAAAGCUAGUGGAGUUUUCUUCUGGAUUGACACAUCAGGAACAUGGACCAUAUCUUCUAAUCUUGCUGGUGAUAAGAAAGUUGCUAGUGGUAGUUUCUCUGCUAAACCUGAUACUGUGUAUACACUGAGUAUGGAUGUUAAUGGCAGCUCAGCCACUGUGUCAGUUAAUGGCACUGCAUUGUCCAGUAAUGUGUCUGUUGGGAAUGGUAAAGGUUUUGUGGGCUUUGGUACUUCUGGUUAUUUUGCAGCUGAAUUUGAUAAUUUUAGCUUGACUAAAGCUUCUUAGGCUGUCAAUUCUUUUUCCAAAACUCAUCAUGCUACAUGCAAAUAAUGCUGCUUGCCUUUUUAUAUUUUUUGUAUUGAUUUACGAGACACACGUGACAGCACGUGUGUCUGUAUGACGUCAUGAUUUACGCAAAUUAUGAGCCACGCCUACAUUUAAUGAAUCAGGGCUGGUUGUGAAUUUGUGAAAAGCAGCAACAAUGUCGUUGACUUCUUCUCCAGAGUACAAGGAGCUCAAGGCUCAUUUUGAGACUGAAGCUAAAGGCUGGCACAUGAGGUCGCUCUUCCAGGGGGACUCUGGCCGCUUCGAUAAAUUCAAACUGGAGCUUGUUGGAGAUGAUGGAGCAAUUCUUUUCGACUACUCAAAGAACAUAAUUAAUGAAAAGACAAUCGAAUUAUUGUUUAAACUGGCCAGAGGUCGCGGUAUUGAGAAGAUGAGGGAAAGGAUGUUCUCUGGAGACAAAAUCAACUUUACCGAAGACAGAGCUGUUCUUCACAUUGCUUUAAGGAAUCGCUCCAAUCGUCCGAUCCUCGUUGAUGGCAAAGAUGUGAUGCCAGAAGUGAAUGGUGUCUUGAAACAAAUGAGGACUUUUACUGAAGCGGUAAGGUCAGGCGAAUGGAAAGGUUAUAAUGGGAAAAAGAUCACUGAUGUUGUCAAUAUUGGAAUCGGAGGCUCAGACCUUGGUCCUUACAUGGUAACUGAGGCUCUUAAGCCGUAUGGUAGGGAGGGACCUCGUGUGCAUUAUGUAUCAAACAUUGAUGGUACUCAUCUUUUCGAAGUACUGAAUAAAGUGUCACCCGAUACAACGCUAUUCAUUGUUGCUUCUAAGACCUUUACAACACUGGAAACCAUUACCAAUGCUACCUCAGCUAAACAAUGGCUCCUUGAUACUGCUAAAGAUCCAGCUGCUGUAGCUAAGCAUUUUGUGGCUCUUUCUACAAAUGAGGCUAAAGUGACUGCAUUUGGCAUUGAUAAAGCUAACAUGUUUGCAUUCUGGGAUUGGGUUGGUGGUCGAUAUUCUUUAUGGAGUGCUAUUGGUCUUUCUAUUGCUGUCUCCAUUGGCAUGGAUAAUUUUGAGAAGCUCUUGGCUGGAGCCCAUUUUGUUGACGAGCACUACAGAACAACGCCACUGGAAAAGAAUGUUCCAGCUGUGAUGGGUCUCCUUGGUGUUUGGUAUAAUAAUUUCUUUGGGGCUCAAACACACGCAUUACUUCCUUAUGACCAAUAUCUUCAUCGUUUUGCUGCUUACUUUCAGCAAGGUGAUAUGGAAUCAAAUGGUAAAUCUGUUACAAGAUCUGGAGAUCGUGUCAGUUAUUCAACUGGUCCAGUUGUUUGGGGUGAGCCUGGUACUAAUGGACAACAUGCCUUUUAUCAACUUAUUCAUCAAGGUACUAAGGUUAUUCCUGCUGAUUUCAUAGCAGCUGUUGAUACUCACAACCCAAUAUCAGCUGGUGUUCAUCAUGAGAUAUUGUUGGCCAACUUUCUUGCUCAAACUGAGGCUCUAAUGAGAGGCAAAACUGCUGAUGAGGCAAGGGCUGAACUGGAGAAGGAUAACGUUCCCAAGGAAAGAUUGGAACACAUUCUUCCUCACAAGGUGUUUGAGGGUAACAAGCCUACCAAUUCGUUUGUUCUUCAGAAACUGACUCCUUUCAAUCUUGGAGCUCUGAUUGCACUCUACGAACACAAGAUAUUCACUCAGGGAGUCAUCUGGGACAUAAAUUCCUACGACCAGUGGGGUGUUGAGCUUGGGAAGCAGCUGGCUAAGAUUAUACAACCCGAGCUUAGUUCUACUGCCUCGCCUGCCACUGGUCAUGAUGCUAGCACCAAUGGGCUCAUCAAUUACAUCAAAUCUCACAAAACAAGUUAAACUGGGUCACCUCUGCUCUGUGAUUAUUAAUUGUAGUGACAGUCCUAGAACCUUGUAUUUCAGUAGUAGUAGUAGUAGUUCUUUUAGAUUUUUAUAUGCUAGUCCUUAGCAGCUUUUGACUUUUCAAUUUUUA